AAAAUGGCAAAAAAACUGAAGAGAUUUCAGAUACUUUUGGACGACGAGUCGCUUAUGUACUUUCCGGGAGCCUUCCUAUCAGGAAAGGUAUUACUUGAGAUCGAUGAGGACACUCCUGUCAUAGGUCUAUACUUUCAUAUUAUUGGUGAAGGAGUGGUCCGUUUGACAACUAAAGGAAGAGUUGACUCAUCCGAUCGGGAAAACUAUAUUGAUUUCCGAAUGAGACUAUUGGGUGAUAGUUCAGCUAAAAGUGAAAGUGGAAGUAUGUACAACGGAUCAACAAUUACGACCCGAGUACUAGUCCUAUCUCCCGGUGUCCAUACAUUCCCAUUCAAAUUGGGUUUACCAUUAGGACUUCCCUCGACUUUUUUGGGUAAACACGGGUGGGUUCAAUAUUUUUGUCGAUCAGAGCUCCGUGAGCCCAAUGGGUUGAUCCAUAAGAACCAACAGGUGUUUGUCAUUAUGAGUCCAAUUGAUCUCAAUCUUGAGCCCGAAAUUCUAUCGCAACCGUUUCACGCGGAACUGGAAGAAAAAGUAGGAAUGUCUUGUAUGAGUACUGGAAAAGUGAUGUGUAGAGUGAGACUGGAUCGGGGCGGGUAUGUGCCCGGAGAAAGCAUAUGUAUCUAUGCUAUCAUUGACAACGACAGCAAUUGUGUGAUAAAGAAAAGUCGCGCCGUUUUGACUGAAACAGUUCAAUACACCGCCAAAAACAAGAUUGUGUUCAACGAGACCCGUGAGUUGGCAGCCAUUGAAAAGGGAAAAAUUGCGGCCAACAGUGCGGAACAGUGGCGUAACGAACUCUUGUAUAUACCACCCAUUCCUCCAACUAAUUUGAGGGGUUGCCAUUUGAUACAAAUACAGUAUGAUAUUUAUUUUAUAAUACAACCAAAAGGUGCUCAUAAGUCGAUAAAACUUCAGUUACCGAUAAUGAUGGCCACAUAUCCGAUACGCAACAGUGACGGUACACUUAAGAGAAGGAAAGGCACGUACUAUCCGUCCACUUUGCCGACCACUAGACCCUGGCUUUCAACGUCCGACGGAAAACUCAAAUGA